UUGAGUUUGGGUUUUCGGCGGGAUGUGUGUUGAGUAGGUAUUUUCAUUAGAAUCACACAUUAUUUUGUAAUAAUAUCAAGCUUCAAAAUGACUUACAACUGCACACACAGGUUUCUCCUCAGAUCCUUAGCUAGUCGGGGAGUUAUGUCGUAUGCCGAAACUGAGCAGGUACUGGCGUCCUUUGCCGGCGGUGAAAACGAGAACUCACAACUAGAAGUCUCAGCCUUGAUACAUGAAAUUAAUGACCAAAUAAGACCCUUUCAACAAAACAUCAAAAUAACCAAUGAUGAACUGACAAAUGAAAAAGUCAUCAUAUUCCUCUCAUUGGGCUAUGAUGAUGCUACAAAAGCACAUAAUGUGUUCUCUCCUAACGAAUUGGAGUUCUUCAGAUUGCUCAUUGAGAGUAUUAUGACAACGGAGGCCAGACAGAUAACUGGAAUACAUGCACUCAAUAUAGUUGGUCAAAUGAAGGGGACACUUACGAAAACCGAUGCCCAGAAACGUCUCAACAUCUGGUGUCAAAUGCGGUAUCUAGACAAAGACGGCGAUAACUACGCUCUAGGAGUAAGAGCUAUCCAUGAGUUUGAAGGCUACCUGAGACAAAACAUGCCUGACACAAUUGAGGAGUGUUGUCUGUGCAAGCAAAUUGUUUUCAGAGGCUACAACUGCCCAGCAUGUGCGAAGGCAGUCCACACACUGUGCCUCAACCGGUACUUGGAGAAAGUGCAGAAGUGGCCAUGCUGCAAGGAAGACUUCAAUGCUUCGCAAAUUGAGAGGCUUCAGAGUGAAGACCCCACUGACACAAGUGACACAGACAUUACACAAAGUGAGAAUCAACAGACAACAGAGAUGGGAAACACAUCAAGCGGAAAGCUAACACAGAGCCAGUUGCAACUACCGUCGCCGACGCCCGACAACGCGGUCGUCGAGCCAACAAUCGGUCUAGAAGAUUCUGAAGAGAUGGAGGCGACACAAGAAGUUAUACCGGAGGUGUCGCAGCGACUCCCGAGGAAGAGGAAGCGCCUACCUUAGUGGUACCUAUUUUGUAUUUCAUUCCACGGAGCAGUAAGAAAGAAGAGUAGGUAACAGGUGGGUUAAAAUGGCCACAUCGAAGCAAGAAAGCAAUAUUGCUAUUUGACAUUUGUUUGCAUUGCGCACUUACUUUUAUGUGCGCAAAUGUCAAAAUGUAAUAUUGCUUUCUUAGAUGAAUUACUUCGAUGUGGCCAUUUUAACCCUCUAGUUCUAUUCGCCAAGGAAAAUUUGGCGACAUGGUUACUUACCAAUAGGUGAGAUUUUGCCUAAAGGCGAAUCUCUAGUAAAAAAUAUGAUAAUUUACCAUGGCAAUAUAAAUGAGGCAAGUCCAGCCCCUUAUUAAGCCUGAUUGUUCGGAACGGAGAUACAUUCAUUCGCCUCUUUUUUCUUAUUGCUCCCUGAUUUCAAUUUAUAAGUAGAGUAGGUAGAUUUCGCUAAGUUGUAGAUGCGAUUUGGCUACGCGUAGAAAUUGUUUUGAAAUGACUUAUGUAUGUGACAUAAUAUCAAUUUUGUUUCUAUUAGUUUGAACACUCAUUUUUGCGGGGUCAAAGAGAUAUCCAUUCUUCUGGAUGACAAAAUAAAUCUUUUUGUAUUCCAAAACUAUCAUUCAGUGCAUUUCAAAAUGUUUCUGGUAACAGGUAUAAGAUUUAAGUUUGUAACAGUAACGAUUUUCUAUUGCAUUUUGUUGUUGCAUUUGUAAGCUAGGCCUUUGUUGAUUGUGAUAAAUGAUAGCGCAGGAGAUUAAGAAAUAAACACAUUAUUUUAUGCAG